AUGAUUAUAUCUGGAUUUGCAUUUAGUUUAAUCUUUCGGUAUGAGGGAUGGCCGUUCACAUCAAUACCAAUGUUCUCAUUGAAUCGUUUGCAAUUUACCCAUGAUUAUUUGAUUGACGAAAAUCAGUUUCACAAAUUAGCAAAAGAAGAGUUUCCGUUGAUGAAUGGAAUUUGUAUUGGUGGUGAAGAUCAAUUCAGCGGAGGUCAAAUGUGGAUUAGAAUUACAAAAAAUCAUGAAAAUAUUAACAUUAUUGAUCAAAUCUGUGUUCAUGUUUGCGUACAGGAACAUGCUUUUAGGCAUAGUCUAUGGUCAGCUGUGAUGCGAUCCAUUCUCAUUUCAAAAGCUGAAAUUGACAUCUUCAUGCGAAAUAUGUUUCAUCUAUUGUUAUCAGAUAACAUUCAAUUAGUGAAGCAAAAUGAUUUUAUUAAUGUACAGAUCCAUUUUCGGGAUGGGUGGAAAACGUACUCAACAACUGAAUACAACAAGGAAGAAUGA